AUGUUCCUCCCUCACUAUAUCCCCCCAAAUGGCUACGGACUAGGCGGCUUACCAUACUUGCGUACUCCACAGGGCAAAGUCGCGGAACUUCGACAGGAGCUGAAUAGCGGGGGAAAGAAGGAUAAGAAUCAUGCGGCUAAAAAGAUUGCCCUCAAGAAGAUUGUGGCCAACAUGACCAUGAGCAACAACGAUAUGGUUGCGCUGUUUCCGGACAUUGUUGGCUGUAUGCAGAUACCCAGUCUGGAGAUCAAGAAGAUACUCUCUGCUCGGCUAGUAGCUGAUCGACAUACUCAGGAUAUGAACGACUCAAACCCUCUCGUACGAGCACUUGCAUUACGGACAUUGUCAUACAUCCAUGUUCGAGAAUAUGUAGAAGCUACCGUUCCUCAAACCAAACAAUUACUACGAGACGCAGACCCAUACGUGCGGAAGACUGCCGCUUUCUGCGUUGCAAAGUUAUACGACCACGACCGGCAGCUUGUGGAAGGUUCGGAUCUGAUAGAUAGGCUGAAUUCUAUGCUGAGAGACGACAAUCCUACCGUUGUGGCGAGUGCUUUGGCGAGUUUGAUGGAUAUCUGGGAGAGGAGCGAAGCGAUCAAGCUUACGAUUGAUUAUGGAAAUGCUUCCAAAAUGGUGCAGAUCCUACCGGAUUGCUCUGAAUGGGGCCAAACUUAUAUCCUCGAGGCUUUAAUGUCAUACGUCCCUCAGGAGACAUCCGAGGCACUGCUACUAGCAGAGAGAAUAUCACCGCGACUAUCGCAUUCAAACUCUGCUGUUGUACUGACCUGUAUUAGAGUAAUUCUCUACCUGAUGAACUACAUUGCGGAUCAAAAGCAAAUAUCACUUCUUUGCCGCAAGCUUUCGCCUCCGCUGGUGACCCUCUUGGCGAAGGGUCCAGAGGUCCAAUAUCUUGCUCUGCGAAACGCGCUUCUGAUUUUGCAACGGCGACCUGAGGUGCUACGUAACGACAUCCGAGUAUUUUUCUGCAAGUACAAUGAUCCCAUAUAUGUCAAAGUCACCAAGUUGGAGUUGAUCUUUAUGCUGGCUACUGAGGACAACAUCGAUGAAGUGUUGACGGAGUUGAGAGAAUACGCAACUGAAAUCGACCUCCAUUUUGUCCGGAAAUCUGUACGAGCAAUUGGAAAGCUAGCCAUCAAAAUCGAGCCCUCCGCGAAACGUUGCAUCAGCACGCUGCUUGAGCUGGUGGCCACCAAAGUCACCUACAUUGUUCAAGAGGCGACAGUCGUGAUCCGUAAUAUCUUCCGCAAAUAUCCAAACCAGUACGAAUCGAUCAUUUCCACUCUUUGCGAGAACCUCGAUUCCCUGGACGAGCCCGAGGCCAAAGCUGCUAUGAUCUGGGUCAUCGGUCAAUACGCAUCUCGCAUCGAGAACUCAGACGUCCUUCUCGAAGACUUCCUCUUCUCCUUCGCGGAGGAGCCAGUCGAAGUGCAGCUCGCUCUCCUAACUGCGACUGUCAAGCUGUUUAUCCAACGGCCAACCAAAGGCCAGGAACUUGUUCCCAAGGUUCUCAAAUGGGCUACCGAAGAAACAGACAAUCCCGAUUUGAGGGACAGAGGCUACAUGUACUGGCGUCUACUCUCAUCUGACAUGGCAACUGCAAAGUUAGUCGUCAUGGGCGAAAAGCCGCCCAUCACAGCCGAGUCCGAGAAGCUGGAUCCAACGACCCUAGAAGAGAUGUGUCUCAACGUCGGUACCCUCGCAACGGUGUACCUUAAGCCCGUCCAGCAAGUAUUCCGCUCGGCCCGACCACGCAAACUACAAGACAGUCCCGCCCUCCAGAAACACACACUCCCUUCAUUCAACAGUCUCGAUGGUCAGAAGUCUCACUCAGGCUUGGGCAUGGGCGGCCAGCCCACACUCCCACCACCCCAAAAUGGAGAUCUCGCAGCUGCCGUAGACGCAGCUGACGAGUUUUUCGCCGGCGUAGGCAGCCACCAGAUGGCAGCCAUGAACAUUAAUGGUGGCAACGAUGACGGUUUCGGAGGUAGCCCGAUGUAUGGGAGAGGCGAGAUGCAAUACGUGGUCAACCAGAGCGCGCCCGAGCAGGUCUACCAGCCUGCCAUGGGACACGGCUCGAACGGAGAUCUUCUCAUGUUAUAA